AUGUCCGACGAAAAGACGGCCACCGAUGACGCCGCUGGCGCAGAACGCGAUGCGCCACAGGUUUCCGAGAACGAAACCGCGCGAUUGAACGCGUCGGGCCACGUCCAGGAACUCCGCCAGUCCUUCAGCCUGCUCUCCCUCGCCGGCAUUGGCCUCGUUGUCGGCAAUGUGUGGCCAGCUAUCGGUGGCUCGAUCCUUGUGGCCAUCUUCAAUGGCGGACCGCCGGGCGUCUUGUACGAGUUUAUCGCCGUUUCGAUCUGCUACUGGAACGUCGCCGCCUCCAUCGCCGAGCUCGCCAGCGCGAUCCCCUCAUCCGCAGGUGUCUACCACUGGGCGUCCGUAACCUCGGGCAGCCGGCGAUGGGGCCGACCAUUGGGCUUCUUCGCCGGCUGGUGGAAUUACUUUGCGUGGAUCCUCGGCGCGGCAAGCAUGACGAGCAUCUUCGGGAACACCAUUGUGCAGAUGUACGCGGUCAUGCACCUCGAGUUCGUCGCCGAGGCGUGGCAUGUCUUUGUCGUCUACGUCAUCUUCACGUGGGUGUCUUGCGCGGCCGUUUGCUUGGGCAACAAGGCCAUGCCAGCGCUCAACAAUUUUGGAGUCUUCGCCAUCCUCGCUUUCUUCAUUGUCACCAUCAUCGUCGUCACGGUCAUGCCCUCGAGUCAUGCCACGUCGUCGUUCGUCUGGUCGGACUGGUCCGCCGCGAUUGGCUAUCCAGACGGCUUCGUCUUCGUUGCCGGGAUGUUGAAUGGCGCCUAUAGUGUCGGUGCAGUCGACGCGGUUACGCAUCUGGCGGAGGAGAUUCCGCGCCCCGAGCGCAACGUCCCUAUUGCACUAUUCCUACAGAUAUCCAUUGGAUUCGUCACUGGUCUCUCAUACCUCAUUGCUGUCCUCUACGCCAUCAGCGACUACGAUCUUCUUUUCACGUCAGCAUAUCCGAUCGCCGAAAUUUACAGGCAGGCUACAGGUUCCGGCUCAGGUGCGUGCGGCUUGCUGUCGCUCGUCAUGAUCUGCAUUGGCCUCACUGUCGUUGGCCUUCACAUAACGUGCGGUCGCACGCUGUGGACACUCGCCCGCGACGGCGCAACCCCGUUCCCGUCAAAGCUCGCACGCGUCAAUCAGAAGCUCGAAGUGCCUGUGGUAACGACCUUUCUAUCCGCCUGCCUGAUCACGCUUCUGGGCGUGCUCUAUGUAGGCAGCACGACCGCGUUCAAUGCGUUUGUCGGCAGCUUUAUUCUCCUUUCGAGCAGCUCAUACUUGGCAGCUAUUCUGCCAAAUCUGCUCACCGGCCGAAAGAAUAUCACUUACGGCCCGUUCAGAAUGACGGGAAUCGUCGGAUUCGUUGUCAACGGCAUCUCGUGCCUGUACAUGCUCGGCUGGGCCGUCGUGUACUGCUUCCCCGCCGCACUUCCAACGAAUGCGCAGAGCAUGAACUACGCGAGUCUAAUCUGGGGCGGAUUGACCAUAUUCGUCACUGCAUUUUGGCUUCUCAAGGCAAGGAAGGGAUAUCAAGGCCCUUCCACAACUGGGCAACGUGGCAGUGUAAUACCUGUAGAUGCCUAG